AUGGCAUCACGCUUUGUCGAAAACCUCGAAGAGGUCCCAAUUAGUCAUCCCCAUCUCAACGUCUCACUGGAUGACAUCCUCGCAGAAGAGAGCCGCAAGAGGUCCUCUUCCCAAUCAUCCGGCAGCUCGGAGACGCGUCGAUCAGGAAGCAGCUCGACACCAAGUCCAACAUCACCCAUCAACACCGAAAGCAAGCUCAAACGGGCUUUUACUAUUGGCAGCAAGAAGGACUUUCUCGACCAAGCGUUGGAAGAGACUAGUCUGUCGCCUGACAAGCGCCGAACCGUCAGUUGUUGUCGCUUAGGUGACGACCGGACGAUUAUUCGGACGUCACUAUCACGACAUUCCAUAGCAUGGUCACUAGCGCCACGCACCGCCCGCGCCCCAUCACUAUCAUCAUCAUCAUCACCAUCAUCAUCAUUACACAGCCACGAUGAGUGUUUUACGAGGGAAUGUCGCGACGGAAAUUAUUGGUUGGAACAUUGGGCAAUCAAGCACCAAACUGUUCAAGGUCAUCUUUCUCGGAAGACAUUUGUUGAUCUCAACGACAACAUACUUUAG